AUGGGUGACGGAUCAGUCAACAUGUCAUUUACUGAAUUCCAGUUGAUUGGAUUCACAGACCUAAAAGGGUACCGACCGCUACUCUUCAUUCCUUUUUGCUUCAUCUUAGUUUAUACAUUAUUUGCUAAUGGUGUAUUGAUGAUCAUUAUUGCAAAAGAUAGAAAAUUACAUGCUCCCAUGUAUAUUCUAAUUGGUCUGAUUGCAGCUUUAGGUUUUUUUGUGCCAAUAUACUUUAUUCCAAGGAUGUUGGUUGGUUUUUUGUGGGAAAUGAAUACAAUUACGCGACAUGAAUGUCUAAUACAAAUGUUUUGUCUGCAUUUUUCUGGUUGUUUUCAGUCCUCCAUCUUACUUGGGAUGGCUGUGGACCGAUAUUUUGCUAUUAUUUAUCCUUUGCGUUACAAUGAUUUUGUAAAUUUCACAAACUCGCUUAUUUUCUCUGCUAUUCUUAGCAUUCGGAAUGCUGUUAGCAUUAUUGCCAUGGUUGGUCUAGUUGCACCACUUACUUUUUGCAGAACAAAUUUGAUUUACCACAGUUUCUGUGAGCACACAUCAGUUGUAAAUCUAGCUUGUAAUGAUAUUACUAAAAACUAUUUAGCUCUCACAGUAGCUUUCAGUAUAACGUCCUCUGACUGUCUUCUGAUUUUUUGCUCUUACGUCAUAAUUUUUGUAGUUAUAUUUCGCUCACCUUCUGGUGAAUCCCGCCAUAAAGCCAUUCACACAUGUACCACACACAUAAUAACUAUAGUAAUAGCCUAUAUCAGUGUUACCGCUGCAUUUGUUGGAUAUAGAGUAGCUACAAUCCCCCGAGAUGCACGUAUCUUAACUAGCACAAUGUAUCAUCUUGUUCCUGCAAUAUGUAACCCUAUAAUUUAUGGUCUCAGAACCACAGAAAUUAGAACUCAAAUUGUGAAAUGUUUAAAAUUUAAUAAAAUUGUCACAUAUUGA